AUGACUCCAUUACUUGCCAACAACAUUGGUUUAAGUAUUGCUGGUGUAGCGACAUUUUUAGUUCCACUUUGCAGUAGCCAUGGACAUCUUAUUGCUUAUUGUAUUGUUUGGGGUGGUGCCAUUGCGUUUCACAUAUCUUUAUCUCCAGUCAUCAUUUGUGAACUUGUCGGCCUUGAAAAGUACAGUAGUGCUUUGGGUUUGGUAUUUUUGUUUAGAGGUAUUUCUUCAUUGAUUGCUCCACCAGUGAUGGGUGCUAUUCGAGAUCUCACAUCAAGUUUUAACAUACCAUUCGUCAUUAGUGGUAUCAGUUUUCUUAUCAGUGCUUUUAUGCAUUUUGUACUCAUGUGGAUGACUAAAAAAGAAGCAGUUCCUUCAAAAAAACGAAAACGUCAAGAAACUGCUGCUGUGAAACAACCAACUGUGUGA